AACAAAAAAUGCAAGAUGCAGGCAAUCUAAUUGGAAAAAAACACCUAAAAUACAAGUUAAACACCAUAUAGGACAUAUUACGUGGAUAAACAAAUAUACGCCGUGGUAUUUGUUGCGGUUGAUGUCGGUUGUUCGCUGAUUCCGGGUGUUGACAAGGUUUUUACCUUAACAGCGCUAUGAAGAAGCGGAGCUCACGUUGCAAUUCGGAGGCGUUCAAGGAGCAGCAAAUGGACAGUGACGACAUCAGCCUGCUCCAGCGACCAUUACGCACGGCCCACACAGGCUUCGAGGAGGCGCGUCGAGCCUACGAGGAUGGAACCAACGAGGUGCGCCAGCUGCUCAGCCUGGAGUGCAGUCUCAUAUACGAGUGCAAAGUGUGCCGAAACAUGUUCCGAAGUCUUGCGAAUUUCAUCAGCCACAAGCGGGUCUUCUGCUGUGUGAGUGCCCGCACAGCCCAGCAGAAUGGAUACACAGACCAGAACUCCACUAUGAUCAUACAAACGGGCAACGGACCGUCGCCUCAGGAUAUUGAGCAUAUGUUGCGCAGUCGUAGCACUGGCUGCUCGCCAGUUCCUCGCGAGGUUCGUCCCAUUCGUGGCAGUAUACGGGACCUGAGUGGCGUUAUCGAGCGUCUGCGACGUGAGAAGGCGCCCUCAUCCAUGCAAAACGCUCCCACGGUGCUGAAGCUGGAGUCGGUGCCGACCUCCAGUCAGGCCGUGUAUCAAACUAUUAAAAUCGACCAGGAUGACAGCAUGCGAACCGAAUUAAACGAAGUACACCAUAUGCUGAAUCCCGCCAACACCGUUGUUGGCCCAGAUGGCAAGGCAAUGACUAAAAUCAAAUUUGAGCGACGAGGCGGCAGUGACUCGGGCGAAACGGCCGAGCAAUCCAUCAGCGAUGACACGGAAGCGAACAUAUUUUGCGAGACAUGCAACCUAACAUUUCAAACUCACAAAACACUGCACCUGCACAUACAAAAGAAUCAUUCGUCGUCGACGUUUGUGUUUCAGUGUCCAGCCUGCUCGGAAACCUUUCUACAGGCCGCAGCAGUAAUACGUCAUUUGUCCAAAGAACACAAGAAACCAAGGCCACGCAUUCGAAUGAUGCGUAGCACCAUCCUCAAGCGUCGCAUCAAACAAGGAGAUAUUCAGCCCAAGGGGCCCUCACGCGAGUUGAAGCGCCUGCAGAUGUCCGAUGAUGUGGUAGGCUAUCCUUCAGAGCCAGUAGAUGCGAAUGGUGAGCAGCGUAAAAUUAUGUCACUGUGCUAUUACUGCGAGAAGUCAUUCGAGCGACGCGCCGCCUUGUCCACUCACCUGCUCAACUGUCGGGCCAAGCAGGAGGCGCUGGCGAAGCCGGCUCCUGGAGCCAAGAAGCUGAAAACCAAGGAAAGUGUGAGCAAUGCCUCCAGUGUUGAUGGAGCUGAUGCAGAGGAUCCACCGGCUGGCGAUGUAGAUCUGUCGAGCCUCGACCGCACCAUUAAGCAGGAACCUGACGCCGACUCGACUGCUCUGAACGAAAUGUUUGCCGACCUGGCGGAAAAGAAUGAAUCUUUCGUAAGUGGGCUGCACACAGUCUCACUGGACAAGCUCCAGCUGCGGCACGAAACCGACUCGGCCAGCGUCGCUUCUAGCAAUACCAACAACAGUGAGGAGUCGCUCGCCCAAGAGUCCAAUCCCGAUGAGAGCAAGACCAAGGUGAAGAAGAAACGCAGUGUGCCUAUUGAGAAGCAACUGCGUUGCCGCUGCAAGCUGUGCAACAAGGAGUUCAAUGCCCUGGGCAACCUGCGUCGACAUAUUUCAAUGUUCCAUUACCGGAAGUCACGCUUCGGCUGCAACGUGUGCAACUAUCGAGCCUUUCGUCGCUACGACAUUGUCAACCACCUGGGUUUCGUGCACAAGAUUGAAGGCGAUCGCGAUCAGCUAACCGAGCAGUACGUGUCGACUCAACCCUGUGAGUACUCGCGCGAAGAUGUGGAUGCAGACAUCAUUUUGGUGGAUGAGGUGGAGGAAGCCAGCCAAAGCCAGCCAAUUAAGGAAUUGGAGAUCAAGCCACCGAUCAAGACAUACGAGAAACGCAUGAAGCGUGCUAAGACGACUGAGCCAGUGGCGGAGGCAAAUGUCAUAUUAGCUCCGACUGCGAUCAAAAAGGAACCCGACCUGGAAGUGGCCGAGCCCGUGCCAAGCAAGAAGCACCGCAAAUCGCGCAUUCAGUUAUCGCCAGAGUCUGGCGAGCAGAAUACGGAGAAGCGUCCCACACGCAAGCGUGUCAAGGCGGUCAACAAAGACUUUGUGUACGAUAUGGUACGUUCUAAGCAAGAUGGCUCCGCCACACACACGGCGCCAGCACCCUUGGCCAUGGAGUCCAUGCGCGCCAAGCUGCGUCGCCAUGUGGGCAACGACGAGAACAAACCCAAGCAAUGGGAGGCCUACAUAACUGAGGCCAAGAAGCCACUGGUUCAAGGUAUCACUCGUCGCAUAAUGCUGGAGCUUGUCAGCCAAGGACGCGCCGUGUCUGCCACGCUCCCAGAGCUGCCAUCCGAGCGGCCGCAGAUACGACCGCGUCUUAUUUCUCACACACGCAGCGAAAGCCAGCAGCAGCAGCUUGUGGUGGAGCCCGAGAGUUUUAUCGAGAAGAUUGCAAAGCGAACGGCAGCCGCUGGCAAGGAUACCGCCGUCAUAAGUAACCUGUGGAACAAGGUCAACACAGCGAUGGCCCAGCAGCAAGGGUUGCCCCUGCCCAAGAAAGAGGAAUCUGAAGAGAGUCCACUGGAGAUGACGCCGCCCAAUAGCAAAUUGAGUGCGUUGGUGUCACCGCCGUCGCCACCUCGCAAGUGCCAGGAAACCGUUGACUCAGUGGAGACACCCACACAGCCUACACCGACAUCAAUGCCCCGGCCACCGCCAUUUCAGUCAUCCGCUGGAAUGGAGUGCCUGAGCAGCAACGGCAGUCAAGCGGCCAAAUUUCCGGCAUUACCCAAGCCGCCAUCCGUUCUGCAGGCAGCUGCCAAUGGCACCAUCCAGCUCACAUUGGAUAGUCUCCUUCGCGCUGCCCUGCAGAACUAAACGAAAUAAGAAAUGGAAGAACAACCGGAAAUGAAAACCGCUCUCGUUGUUUUCCACUGCUCCACUGUUCCACUGUAUUUCCCUUCUCUCAUUCUGUACGAUUCUUACAUCUUUCCAUUUUUCCCAAUGUCCCAAUGUCUCAUUUAACGUUUAAAUACAUACAUGUAAUCCACUGGUGUCCUUAUUAUAUAGAAGCAAGUAAGCAUGUAAGAAAGUAAGAAACAAAAAAAAA